AUGCUGGCCACUGCCGCCGCGCUCCUCCGCCGCUGCGCCGUCUCCGGCCUCCGUUCCACCGUCCGCCGGCCUGCCGGCCCCGCAGCUGUACUGCAUGCCCGCUGCUACUCCCAUGGGUCACAAGAAUCAGAUGAAGAAUUUGAUGCUCGCUGGGUGACUUAUUUCAACAAGCCAGAUAUUGAUGCCUGGGAGCUCAGGAAAGGCAUAAACACACUUGUGGGUUAUGACCUGGUUCCUGAACCAAAAAUCAUCGACGCAGCUCUGAGGGCAUGCAGACGGUUAAACGACUUUGCCAGUGCUGUCCGCAUCCUAGAAGUUGUAAAGGACAAGGCAGGACCUCACAAGGAAAUCUAUCCCUACGUUAUCCAGGAACUUAGGCCAACUUUGAGUGAAUUGGGAAUCUCCACUCCAGAAGAACUGGGCCUGGACAAGGCAUAAACCUUAUUGGUGCAUUGCUGAAGCAUUUUCCUGAUGCCACCGGAUUGUACCACAGCGCCUGGAGCCACAAAUGUUAAAAUAUUACCUUGUUUGAAGUAACUUCUUCCUUUAUUGAGUCACAAUGUAUGUGAUGGGAAGUUGGACCUAAUAAAGGAAAAACUGGUUUGACUGAUGU